AUGGGACCUUCAAAGCCAGGCCUCGAUGAAAAACUCAUGUGUCUCUACCCAGAUUUGUGCCCGACUGGCCUACAACGAAAGAUAAUCCAUCACCCGUGGAUCGAUCUCUUUCCCUUCCCGACCUUUCGAGACAAUAUUUUACUUGGAAUGGAAGCUGGCGUGGUGUUCGAUGAUGAACUGUGCGCUGACAUCCUGGAGGUUAAGGACGAAGACCUUGAGAGGAGGCCGUCGUUGAUUGUUUGGGGCAAGUCAUGGGAGCAGAAGGCCUGGGAAGCCAACGAAGCAUUUUUCCAAAAAUGGGGAUUUCUGGUAGGGAAUUGUCCUGAAUUGCUGGAAACGACCAAUUACUGGGGAGGGAAACGCGGGGAGCCGGUGAUUGUUUUUAGAGAAUGA